GAGCAAGACUUCCGUCUAUACCGGAAGGAAGUUGCCAAACACGUUAGGCCUUCAGUUAGAAGCAGCUGCGGAAGGACCUGGGUCUUCUGGCUUCAGCGUGAUCAUGUUUCUCCAGUAUUAUCUCAAUGAACAGGGAGACCGGGUCUAUACCUUAAAGAAGCUCGACCCCACGGGACAACAGACUUGCUCGGCCCAUCCUGCUCGGUUCUCCCCAGACGACAAAUAUUCUCGACACCGGAUCACUAUCAAGAAACGCUUCAAGGUGCUUAUGACCCAGCAACCGCGCCCCGUCCUUUGAGAAUCUCUUAAAAUUGUAUGCUGCCUGCUAGCGCUCAUGAGACUGUGCAACCAAGCUCUUCGAUCUGUGAGCCUUGAAGAUUUACUCCAACCCUUGCUCAUUAGAAUCCGGUCUCAUCAUUGCCUUUGAUCAUGCUUGUUGUGAAGCAGUCAUGCUAGCAUUCCCUUUAAAGGGAAAAAGUUUGAAUCUUUUUUUCAUACUUUGAAUCACUGCCAUGUUAUUAAAAUGAUUUGAAAGAGC